AUGAGCAAGCUCGAUGGGUUUAUAGAGGAGCACGAUCGGGAGUCCAACAUUGAUAGCGGUGCGCGACUAGAAAGCACAAAACCGAGCCCGAAGGUAGGCUCACCUGCUCAGAGAGUUCGUCAGAAUGGCGUAAAGAGCCCUAUACUACAGACGCAAGCGACCCCUGCCAAACCAAGCGAGCAAGAACACCCAUUGAAAGAGACGCCUACGCGCGCGACGGCUGGCGGGAAAAUGACGCGCUCAAACACGCUCAAGCGACUGUCGUUGAUCCAGCCGGUUAUCUCACCCGAGACCACACCGAAAGAACACCGGCAGCAACAGGCGACACGAAACAGGUCGCGCAGCGUGGUCUCGGUCCAUUCCAGGAGCAGCAGUUCGGCAUCUGAGCAGCUUGCGGACGCGACCAAGGAUGUUAAUGCGCUCUUGCAGCUGCUGGCGAACAAAGAACUCGAGUUGCUGGAAACGAAACACAAAAUCGAAGAGCUGAAGAAGACUCUCACGCAAGAGGAAAAGGCCCUGCUGCGGCAGACACAUGAGCUACAAGACCUGAAGACACAGGUGGGCAAGGCGUUGAACAGUGGUAUAGACGAGCAAAUACAGCAACAAAGCCAAAGCAGCCACCAUUCCCCAAAUCAAAGAUCGCUCGCAGUACCGACGAGCCACACACCCGGCAACGAGAGCCGGCCCGCUCACGCCAAGAAGGAAUCGGUAUGGACAAAGCCGCUAUCAUUUUUGAACCAGUUCGACCAGUUAAUCCAACACGAGCUGGAGAAGAAGCUAAAUUGGGACGACGUGGCAUCACCCGAGAAAACACCCGGCGCGGAGUCGGGCACUUUGUCAGGCCGAAGUGCGAGCCCGGCUUCCUACAACAACGGCAACAGCAACAACAACAACAACAACAACAGCAACAGGGGACGGCCCAACGAGGACGUUCUGGGGAACAUGUCGUCGUCAUUGUGGAGCUUUGUCAGUGACGUGAAAACAGGACUUUUGGGGAUCAACGAGGAGGAGGAGGAAGAGAGCGCCGAAGCGCCUGCGGUGGCGAGCAGCGGCGAGAGCAACAACCAGCUCAGGUUCGUGGGCAGUAAGAACAACAGCGAGGUCGAACUGAAGGAAUAUAAUGCGAGCAAGAGGCAAUAG